AUGAUAUUUUCAAAGAUUCCAAACACUGCCCUGGCGGCACUUGCCACACUUUCGGCUUUGGCUCAGGCAGCACCAGGAGUUCGUGUAGAACCACGCGAUCUUUCUUUCAGUUACAACUCCGAGAAAGUUCGGGGUGUUAACCUCGGUGGAUGGCUGGUCCUAGAACCUUGGAUUACACCUUCAAUCUUUGAACAAGCAGGAGACGUUGCCGUUGAUGAGUGGUGUUUAUCCAAUGCUCUCGGCGAUAGAGCGCAAGGCAUUUUGUCUCAGCACUGGAAUUCCUUUAUCACCGCCGAUGACUUCUACCAGAUCAGUUCUGCCGGUAUGAACCAUGUCCGAAUUCCUAUCGGGUACUGGGCAGUUAUGCCCCAAGCGGGUGAACCUUAUGUCCAGGGUCAGCUUGAAGUGUUGGACCAAGCUAUCGUCUGGGCGCGUGAUGCAGGCUUGAAGGUCAUCGUGGACUUGCAUGGUGUCCCUGGAUCACAAAACGGCUUCGACAACAGUGGACAUCGCGGCUCGAUCAACUGGGAUAAAGUUCCCGAACACAUUAGCAUCGCUCUCCAUGCCAUUAGUGCCCUUUCUGAACGUUAUGCUAUCCAUUCUGAUGUCGUUACAUCGAUCGAAGCGCUCAACGAGCCCAUGACAGUUAUGGGAGAUGUCGGUGUUAACGUGUGGACCUUGCAACAAUACUACUAUGACUGUUGGGGACGCCUGAGGGAAGUUAACCAGGACACGGCUCUUACUUUGCACGAUGGCUUCCGGGAUAUUAGUUUCUGGAAUGGUUUCAUGGGUCCUUACUCCGGCGUCUGGAACGUGAUGAUGGACACCCAUCAUUACGAAGUCUUUGACAACGGACUUCUCUCACUCGACACUAACGGACACACUCAAAAUGUAUGUGCUUUUGGAAACAAAGCCGCUGCUACGGAUAAAUGGACUAUCGUUGGUGAAUGGACUGGAGCCAUGACCGACUGCGCCAAAUACCUCAACGGCCGCGGAGUGGGCGCUCGAUGGGACGGAAGCUUUGGGCAAGGAAGUAGCUACCACGGUAGCUGUGAUGGAUACUCCCAGGGCGAAGUGACAUCCCUCUCGGACGAUACCCGCACGAACCUCCGUCGCUUCAUUGAAGCUCAAUUGGAUGCCUAUGAGAAACACACCGGCUGGGUGUACUGGACUUGGACUACUGAAGGUGCUCCUGAAUGGGACAUGAAGCGUCAGUUAGCAGCCGGCGUGUUCCCUAAUCCAGUGACGUCUCGUCAAUUCCCUAGACAAUGCUAG